AAUAGUCGGACACAAAAUGAAGGUCAUCCAAAAUGGUUUGUUCUGGGUGUUGGACAAGUCAUAAAAGGCUUAGAUAUUGCUAUGAUGAAUAUGUGUCCUGGAGAAAAACGGAAAGUGAGAAUUCCUCCAUCAUUAGCAUAUGGACAGCAAGGAUACGCACAGGGCAAGAUUCCACCCAAUGCAACACUGAUCUUUGAGAUUGAACUUUAUGCAGUACGUAAGGGACCUCGUAGUGUUGAAGCAUUUAAUCAAAUAGACAGAGAUGGUGACAAGAAACUCUCUGAACUUGAGAUAAGCCAGUAUUUGAAAGAAGAAUUUGCAAGAGAUGGCAAAAAACGUCAUCCCUCUGCCCAUGAUGAAAUCUUAGCUGAUAUAUUUAAGAAGAAUGACCAUGAUGGAGAUGGCUUCAUAUCAGCAAAGGAGUACAAUGUCUACCAGCACGAUGAACUCUAACUACUUCAAAAAAAUCUUUGGCUGUUUUCUGGACACUGAAUUCUAAAUAACAAUACUUUGUCACAGAAUUUUUGUAUUUUUUUAUAGUGGAAUGUUUUUAUAUCUCUUAAGGUGACUGUAAAAAUCUUAUUUUUAACAUUCAGCUAAUAAAACGUGUCAGAUGUUUCAAA